AUGUUUGCUGCUGCUACCAAGAGCUUUGUCAAGCAAGUUGGAGAUGGAGGGAGAUUAGUCCCUGUUCCAAGCCUCAGUGAGGCUGACAAAUACCAACCUCUAAGUCUGGUGGUAAAAAAGAAGCGAUGCUUUCUCUUUCCUAGAUAUAAAUUUACCUCAACACCUUUUAUACUGAAAGAUAUUCUUCUAGGAGACAGAGAAAUUUCAGCUGGUAUUUCAUCUUAUCAGUUACUGAAUUAUGAAGAUGAAUCAGAUGUUUCCCUCUAUGGAAGACGAGGCAAUCAUAUUGUGAAUGACGUUGGGAUUAACAUCACUGGAUCUGAUUCUGUUGCAGUUAAAGCUUCAUUUGGUGUGGUGACCAAACAUGAAGUGGAAGUAUCAACGUUACUCAAGGAAAUUACGACACGAAAAAUUAAUUUUGACCACAGCUUGAUACGUCAGACAAGGAGCAGCAGAAAGGCAGUAUUGUGUGUGGUCAUGGAAAGCAUUCGAACCACACGACAGUGCUCGCUGUCUGUGCAUGCUGGAAUUCGCAGGGAAGCCAUGCGGUUUCAUUUUAUGGAUGAACAGAAUCCCAAGGGAAGGGACAAAGCUAUUGUUUUUCCAGCACACACAACCAUAGCUUUCAGUGUUUUUGAACUCUUCAUUUACUUGGAUGGUGCCUUUGACCUUUGUGUCACUUCAGUGUCAAAAGGAGGAUUUGAGAGGGAAGAAACCCCAACAUUCGGGCUGCUCUACAGACUGAGGAAUAUUCUAUUUGAGAGAAAUAGAAGAGUGAUGGAUACCAUUUCUCGUUCACAGCUUUACUUAGAUGAUCUUUUUUCUGACUACUCUGACAAACAUCUCAGCAUGACUGAUAUUUCUCUCAAAGAAGGGACUCAUAUCCGAGUUAACCUGCUUAAUCACAACAUUCCAAAAGGACCUUGCAUACUCUGUGGAAUGGGGAACUUUAAAAGGGAGACGGUUUAUGGGUGCUUUCAGUGCUCUGUCGAUGGCCAUAAGUAUGUGAGGCUUCAUGCAGUUCCUUGUUUUGAUGUUUGGCACAAGAGGAUGAAAUAA